UUCGGCAUUUAAUAUUUAUUCAUCCUUGUUUACAUCGAACACAAGUUGUUUUUAUAUGAUUUUGUAAACAGUAGGCCUAAAGAAAUACAGCAUAAGCCAACAGGUGCGAUAAAUUAAGAGUUACAGCUUACAGAGAUGCCGGAGGAUUCAGAGAUGCGACCAAUCUCCAUAUGGUGGCGGUUUUACGUUUACGCCAUCCACGGUUACGUCACAGAAAUUAUGUUUACCGCCCUCUGGGAAUUCGUGGUCAAUUUGAACUGGAAGUUCCCGGGAAAUACCAGUGUCUGGGUGCUGUUGAUAUACGGCCUGUCUGGUCUGGUGUUGGAACGGAUGUACUUCCGGUUGAGAGAUCAAGUUCCACUGCUUGUUCGAAUUCUUAUUUAUACCAUAUGGACUUAUCUAUGGGAGUUUUCCACGGGAUUUGUCCUCAAGCAAUUUGGUGCUUGUCCAUGGGACUACACACCCUUUCAUGGCGAUUUUAUGGGCAUUAUAACACUGGAAUAUGCUCCACUCUGGUUUCUGGGAAAUAUAAUAGCAGAGUUAAUAGUCAUGAAGUACACAUUGUGUCUAUAUUGGGGACCAGAGUUAAAUCUACAAUCGACCAGUGUAUCGUCCAGUAUACGAAAGAAUGAAUAAUAGUUAAUGUUAUUUUACUGUGUUCAGUAUGUUACAGUUAUGCUUUUAUAUAAUACUCCGUUAUGUACAUUUAUGUAGUGUUUUUUUUUGUUCUAUUGCAAGUUUUAAUUGUUCUUGUUAAGUAUUUUGUCUACCAUGACAUUCCAGUAUUUCGUCUUUUAUACAUUAAUAUCGGUUUUUGAGAUUGGAAAUAAACUACUUACUAAUGA